CCUCGUCUCCAAUUCACAGCUUCUUCAUCCCUCUUUCCUCACACGCACACACACAACACACACACACACAAGCAGUCAGAAAAUGGCGCUAACUCUAUCCAACACAUUCCUGCAAACAAACGUCCCUCCUCCUCCGACUCUCUCUCUCAAGAAGGUGAGUGCAGUGAGCUCCAAUCGUCCGCAAUGGACUUGCAGGAAAAAGGACAUACACCCAAAAUUCUACGAGGACUCGAAGGUGUACUGCAAUGGCGAACUUGUACUGACCACCGGAGGGACCAGGAAGGAGUACGUGGUGGACGUGUGGUCCGGAAACCACCCCUUCUACCUCGGGAACCGCUCGGCGCUGCUCCUAGACGACGAUCAGGUCGAGAAGUUCCGGAAGAAGUACGGUGGGCUUACGCAGAUUAUGGAAAUCCCUGUCCUCAAGGGCGAGAUUAUUCUGCCUCCCAAGCGCAAGUCCGGCGCGGCCAAAGGCGGCAAGAAGAAGUAGUCUAGGAGAAUUUGUGAGAAGUUAGUCGCCUACGUAGGCUAUUGAUGAUAACGGUGACAAAGGUACAAUAUAGGAUUUGUGGUUUAGGUAAUUUACUCAUUGAGAGGGCCAGAUAGGAAAACCUGUCGGCCUAUGCGACUCCUUUUCUCAAAAUUGUUCUGCAUAUUACUUGCAUUGUAUUUUGUACAAAUUUCUGAAUGAUAUGCCAUCGGACCUCUUAUGCUCAAUUUAUACUUGAGCAGUAAUAAUAACUUCUUGAUGCA